UAGCAGUUUCAACCUCUUAGACUUCACAGCACUCGGCUGUAAGGCUGCUUUGGUGAAAGGCUAAUGAGCAUAGUCAGGUCGGCAGUGGUGAAGCUGUGGGUUUUGCUUCUUUCUCUGUGCAACCGCUUCACAAGUGUUUCAGUUUCAAAGCCCCAUUUCCCACACAGUGUUUGUUGGAUUUCAUAAAUCUGGGCGGAAUUGUGCUAGUGAAGAAAAAAGUUCAUGCUUGUUUCCACUGCUCAGCCCAGGUACUCUAGCCACCUUCCCACGGAAACGUUUUGAUUGACUUAGGCUGCGAUUCCGUGCAUGUUUACUUAGUGGUAAGCCAUGCUGAAUGCAAUUGCUCAUACCUCUGAAUAAACGUGCAUGGAAUUGGGAUGUUAGAGAUUGUACAGCAAUCUCUUGUGUGAACUUCUAGAAGCCCUUACAAUGACAGACAGACAAAACAGUCGGCACAGCCUAGAGCACACAACUGGCAGUUAAAUGGCUGCUUCCAUUCGGGACAGCAGGAUGUGCAAACUUUGAAACAUGAACAGCAUCACCCAUGUCCCGUGUUCAGAGCUGACUUGGCUUGUCGUGGAGCUCAGUGCCCAACGCUUCCCAACUGACUUCCCCACAAGGCAUUUUUAAAGUACCUAGAAUGGCCAACAAGAAAGAACCUCCUUUCUACAAUGAUAAUAACAUGGGACCAUGCCAUUACAAAUUUGCUUUCUAUGAGACUAUGGAGCUCUUCAUUGAAACGCUAACAGGAACAUGCUUUGAGUUGCUGGUAUCUCCUUUUGAAACAGUAAUUUCUGUGAAAACUAAAAUCCAGAGAUUGGAAGGUAUCCCCGUAUCUCAGCAACACUUAAUCUGGAAUAAUGUAGAGCUGGAGGACGACUAUUGCUUGAAUGAUUACAACAUUUCAGAGGGCUGCACUUUGAAGUUGAUAUUGGCAAUGCGAGGUGGACCUAUUAAUACUAGACGAGUUCCCGUGGGAGACCCAAUUAGGGAAAUAACAGAAUACAUGGAUCCCAGUCGUGACGAUAUUUGGGAGAAGGUUCCAUCCAGCAAACAGGUUACCUUCUUAGUAUACCGCGAAGGAGAUCAACUGAAUUUUUUCCGUAUUAUAGACAAGGGAGAUGGAACUUUAACACCAUUGUCUGAAUCGUUAAGUGGUGGUUCUGUUUAUAAUUUGUAUGCGGAUGAUGAAGAUGAUACAGAGGCAUCUCCUUCUGGUGAACAGAUUAUUGAGAAUUCUAUUACGAUGAAUAAAAUGAAGCUUCUUAGAGCAAAGAUGGAGAACAUGAAUCUGAGUAAAAAGCCUAAAAAAACGAUUAAAGUGAACCCCCACCCUCCAUUGGCUCCUCGCCCAUCUAGUGGCUCAGUCACAGCUGCCCACCAGAAAUUUUUGCGAGCGCUCCGCCGUAUGGGACAACCGUGCCUACCUCCUAGGAAUUCAAAUACCUCAGACUUUUCUCAAAAUGCACUUUCGUUUUUAACAUCUGCUGGCAGAAGGAUGCCAUCCACUAGUACUGACUUCGUGAAGGAAAAUGACAGGUGGGAGACCGCUCCACAGUCACUUAGCAGCCUCAGGCUGCCCCCUAAAAUUCCACGCGUGGAAAAAGAAGAUCCAAAGCUUCCUCCAAACAGCGUGGUUCUUCCGGUCCCUGCUCCACUUAGGCACCCUGGGAGAAAUAUAGAUAACAGUUCGGCAACAAACGAAGCUGGUCCUUUCUUAUAUCCAAAUCUCACCAAUGUAAAGCUGUAUGCUGCAGAAGAAAAAGUUAUACCAAACUCUGACGCUUUUGCCUUGUUAGCUGAACCAUGCAGUGAUUUAUAUGGAAUAGGAAAAGUCAACACGGAGCUCCAUUUAUCUGAGGGGGAUGAGGACUCUGCUUCUUCAGAUCUUCCAAACAAGACAAUUACAAAACUCCUGACCCCUGCAGCAGCAGCAGCAGCGGAUACUAGUAUUCUUAAUUCUUGCGAACUAAGUCCCCAGAAGAACACACAGUUGUCGCCUCUUCACUGCUCCGCACAGAUGACACGUUACAGUCCUCGGAAACCUCCAGCUCAGUCCAAGUUUUUCGAGGUUGGUAACUUGAGGCCUGCUGCCUCACCAAAUGUUCUGCGCUCCUUGGAGUUGCACAAUUUAGCCGACUCCUCAUACCCAAGGACUUCCAAAUUCCACGGUGUAGGUUUAGACUCGCCCGGCAAAAGACCCGACCUCCUUUCUAAAAUGGAGGCACGGGAAGUCACAGAAGUAGCAGUCAAGGCAUCCAAAGAUCCUGUUGUCUCUGUAAAUAACGUGGGGUUCCUAAGUUCGCUGGCCCGGAGCACAAACAGAGAUGCCUUGCAGAAUUCCUGUGGAACAAGCAGGUUUCGGACUUCUGGUAUUGCGCGGACUGCAAACCUCCAACAUUUUCAAGGAGAAAGCUACAACAUGGCCGCUCCCCACAAUGAAAUGCCCGGAUACUUCCUAUCUCCUGGACUUGGAUUGAAUGGAAGUAUUGUGGCUGCAGGAAAAAGAAUAGCAGGUGAUGCAACUCAUCUCCCACCUGUGAAUGGUUCAGUUCAGCCUAAAAAGAAAAUGACAAAGCACUGUUUCUUCUGUGGAAAGAAAACUGGAUUAGCGACUAGCUAUGAAUAUGUGGAAACAACUUCUGUGCAACUCACCGCUAUGCAGAGACUCACACAUGUACUUAUGACUACAAGAAUGCAGGGCGGAGGUACUUGCAGGAGGCCAAUCCUGUGGUCAGUGCACCAAAGCUUCCCAAAAUCUGAGCAUGAUUUUAUGGCAUGCAUCUGUCUGCCAGAGGAGCCUUAUUACACAGAGAGAAGUAGCGAUGGUUUAGACUGCUUCUUUUGCCAUGCUCCAAAUCUAAAGAUUGCCAACUAACAAAAUCAUAUGAGGCUGCAUAAUACUGAAGAAUAAUGUGAACACUACUGUAGCUGACACCAUUUAUUCUUGAGUGAAUCAAAAAAUUUAAAAAAGUAGUUUUUGAAAAUGUACAUUCUGAUUUAACUAUUAUUAUAUGUCUUGUGUUAAGUGUUUUAUAUUUUCCAAAUGCUCUUUCACUAGACGAGUCUUUUAAAAGAUGCACUUUACUAAGAUUUAAUAUAAAUUUUAUAAUGAGACUUGAGGAGGUUCUGUAAUGAGGGUGUCAUGUAAUCUCUUCUAUGUUCUACCUUGGUUUUUGUCCAUUCUGGGGUGCAAGUUAUUUUCGUAUAAAUUUUCCCAGCACAUCAAGCCUUACCCUUUCAGAGUUUAGAAAGUGCUCUAUCGGCUGCACUAGGUUCCAUUCAGAUGGUCAGCCAUACAUACAUUGUGUGAUCCAGUCUCAAAUAACAUAUCAUGUUAAUCCUGCUAUUUCUUAGGAGGCGGUUGUUCUUUCGUUUUCACAUUUUUACAAAAGAAAAAGUUUACCUUGCCCUCAAAUAGAAGAGACAACUUAUUUUACCUUUUUGUAAUUCCCUUUUUCAAAAGACUGGGUUUGUUAAAAACGUUGAGUGCUGUUACUAGGGGGGCCGAGGGGAAUCUAUUAAAAUUAAAUUUUCAUGCAGUUAUAAACAGAGCAACUGACUUCUACAGUUUUACAGGCUGAUGGCAAGUAGGAGCAAUGAUUAAGAAGCUAUGCCAUUGUUUAUCCCAUUUAAACAUAUGAAAGCCGGCAGACUGCAGAGAGUGCUGUACUGCAAGGCAAUUUCAAAGUAUCCCAGCUAGGUUGCAGGUUCCGUCAGAAUCUUCACAUGCCAUCCUCCUGACGCUUACGCCUUUUUCUGGCAUUCCUCAUUGAACAUUUUUGGCUUUCUCAGAAAUGUUGAAUCCACCAGCAGCCUUGAUCUCCUUUCCACUUUCAUUCACCAUAAUAUGGAGGGGAUUUUAGUGACUGUUAACACUGUCUUUUCUUCCUUUCCCCCCCUUCCUUUAGCAGAAACAUAACUGUACUUUCGCCGAAUUGCCUGUCGGUUGCUGGAAGUUUUUACUUACCUCUGCUUAUCUGCCGUUGCAUUUAUUUCUGGAAAUAUAUGUGCAGCUGGCAAUGUGUAGGAUUCCUAAGAGCAUGAGGACUCUGUUCCUUUUUCGCCACUUUCAGGAGGCCUGAAACAUGGCUGCAAUUUGGUGCAACCGGUCUACUCGGUACAUUAAAGAACGUGAAAUGAUA